AUGGAGGUGCCACCAGGUCUCUUAAUUGAUCAGACUGGUCCACAAAAGGUGGUUUGCAAACUCAACAAAUCUUUGUAUGGGCUGAAACAAGCCAGCAGGCAAUGGUAUGCCAAACUGACUGAAGCCCUGUCAUCAAUCGGGUACAAACACUCUGCGAAUGAUUAUUCACUCUUCUCCAAGAAGACUUCUUCCCACAUUAUCUUUGUAGCUGUCUAUGUUGAUGAUGUUAUCAUCACUGGUACUGAUUCAGUGGAGAUAGCCAAUUUGAAGUCAUUUCUUGAUAAGCAAUUCAGAAUCAAGGACCUGGGGAAACUUCAUUACUUCUUGGGCCUAGAGGUCCUUUACAAAUCAGAUGGUAUCAUCAUAUCUCAAAGGAAGUUCACCUUAGACUUAUUGAAGGAAUAUGAUUGUUUUGCUUACAGUAGCUUGUCAUCUCCCCUUGAUCCUGCUGUGAAGUUGAAAGCUGAUGAGGGCACUCUUCUUCCAGAUCCUACAUAUUACAGAAAAUUAGUGGGCAAGCUAAACUUCCUCACCAACACAAGACUUGACAUAGCCUACAGUGUACAGCUUCUCAACCAGUUCAUGCAAGCACCUAGAGAUACACACUUGACAACAACUUUCCAUUUCCUCAGGUACCUCAAGACAGAUCCCACACUUGGCAUAUUUUUUUCCAACAACACUGAUUGCUCUAUCUCUGCCUGCUGUGACUCUGACUGGGCAUCAUGCCCUGACUCUAGAAAAUCUGUCACUGGUUACAUUGUUUUGGUUGGAGAUAGUCCCAUUAGUUGGAAAUCAAAGAAGCAAGAAACCAUUUCCUUGUCCUCGGCUGAGGCUGAGUACAGGUCCCUCAGGAAAUUGGUUGGAGAAUUGGUAUGGUUAAACAGGUUGUUUGAAGAGUUUACUAUCCCACAGUCCAGUCCCAUUACUGUCUUUUGUGACAGCCAAUCUGCUAUCCACAUUGCUCACAAUCCUGUUUUCCAUGAACGGACAAAACGCAUUGAGGUCGACUGCCAUUUUGUAAGGAACAAACUUCAGGAACGGUUGAUCUCUCUUCAACAUGGAGCCACUACUGACCAAUUUCAGCUGACAUUCUUACCAAAACACUCACAGGAGUCAAACACCAUGCUAUACUCGGCAAGUUGGCUGUGA